AUGAGGAAUGAAGUGGAAGAUGCACCUGCGAAUGGAAAUGCUAAUGAGGAAAAUGGGGAGCAGGAGGCUGACAAUGAGGUAGAAGAAGAGGAAGAAGGAGGGGACGAUGAAGAUGAGGAGGCUGAGGCAGCUACAGGCAAACGGGCAGCUGAGGAUGAUGAGGAUGACGGUGUUGACACCAAGAAGCAGAAGACUGAUGAGGAUGACUAGACAGCAAAAAAAGGAAAAGUUAA